GGAAGCAAGACACUGGGCCCCAUCUUCUCCGUCAGGCUUCUCCCCAUGCAGACACCCCUAUACAAGUCAAGAACCACAUCCCCAGGGCUCACAGCCCAUUUCUCAGGGAUUAAAUUUCCCCGUGAAUCUUAAAGCACAUGACCGUUGCUCUCCUCACCCCCACACCACUUCGCGGUGUCACACCACACGUAUCUGCCCAUGCUUCUGCACAACCCCUGAGGAUCACGAAGCAAAAGUCCCUCCGGUCUGAUGCACGACCGGUGCUGCUAUCACCAAGCCAGAGCUUUGUGGCUGGACUUUGAGCCAAUAAGAGCACUCAAAGAGGCACAUCUUCCCUCGCAGGAAGCAGGGCGGUCGCUCCUUUUGCUGGCGGGCUCCUCUUCUGAAGCGGUGGAGAUGGCAGUGAACUUCGCCUGCAGCUUCGCCACACUUUGCUGUUUAGCACUCUGGAGCUUCACCGGGACUUCAGGCGCUACGUAUGUCCCACCACCUCAUUCGACCAUGAAACCUGGCUCCCCGGUCCCAAUGGACACCGACAACCCUGGUGUUCGCAAGGCAGCUCGCUUUGGGGUUUACAGAUACAACAACAGUUCCAAUGACCUCUUUCUGUUUAAGGAAUCGCAAAUAAACAAAGCCAUGGUACAGAUUGUCAGAGGGCUGAAAUACAUGCUCCACGUGGAAAUUGGACGCACCGUGUGUGAGAAGAGGGAGCACUCCAGCCUCGACAGCUGUCACUUCCAGAGGAAAAAAAACCUGCAACAGAUGCUGAGAUGCUAUUUUGAGGUCUGGAUAACGCCUUGGUUACAUAAAGCAUAUGUCCCCGUUGCUCGCUGUCACUGAGUCACCUUUCCCCAUGAGAGCCUGACUUACAAGGGAUCUACCACCACGAGUUUUUGCUUGCCUGGACUGUUGAGGCCAAAACUGAAGUGGAGAACGGCUGUACAGAAUUGCCACAGAGCUUUUCUCUCAAAGCACACGGUUGUUUUCCUCCCUGAGAAAGAUGCUCAAAAGUGACAAAGAAAAGAGCUGCCUCAACUGAAUUUAUUGCUAGCCAGUUGUGUAUCUGUUUUUCCAAAACUAAACUGCAGAUGAGA